AUGUAUUCCUCAUCGGACUCUGAGGACGGCAAGAGAAAAAGACACAAGGAGAUUAAGUUGGGAUCGCAAGGCACUCCAGUAAAUUGGAAUGGAGAAGACUGGACCUUCUACAAGCACGCGAUGCUCAACGCAUUCGAGCAAAACCUACUCGAUGAGAUCGCAGCAGGAGGCGUUGUGGAGGACGCAUCCUGGAAUCAAGCCAAGAAGGACAAGUUCAAGAAAAGUCAAGCCGAGGUGAAGAUUCUUAUUCAAGGCUCGUUGUCGAUGAAGCUGGCCAAGCAGGUGAUGUCGAAGAAGACAGGAACCGAGAUGUGGCACGAGCUCUGCUCAAUUUUUGAAUAG